GCCCGGCGCAGGGAGAGUCAGGCAGGAUAAAAGGAUUCCCUUCUUCCCUUCCCCCCCUCCAACAUCUCAACCGCUCCUCUUCCGUGGUGGGCCCAGACCUGCCCGCCGCCUCACCAUUUUAACUAGCAACCGUAUAGCGGGAUUUGGAAGCCCUUUUCCCCAAAACUGGCCGCAGUGAAGAGGCUUCCCUGUGGCUGCCAAUAAUGAGUUCAGUCGCCCUCCACGACGCCCUUCAAUCCAUAGAAAUAAUAGACGCCUCCAGCCCCGGAACGCUGGGUGGCCCACAAAACAAACCUCAAGCUUGUAAGGCGGUCUGUUUCUCUGGUCGCAUAUUCUGAAGCUUGUAGGACAGGGGUUCUGGAAAAGCUUGCUUGUAUCUACCUGGGCAAAUAUCCCCACACUCGUAGGGCAGGAAGCUGUGGAAAGACUUGAUUCUGUCUAUCUGGACAGAUAUCCCCAGGCUUGUAGGGUAGGAUACUAUGGAAAUCCAUCUGUCUUCUCAAUUGCUCACCUUUCCAGUGCUAUAAAAGGGAAGCUACAGGAACUGGGAGCAUAUGUGGAUGAAGAGCUCCCUGAUUAUAUCAUGGUCAUGGUGGCCAACAAGAAGAGCCAGGAGCAGAUGACUGAGGACCUUUCCCUCUUUCUAGGAAACAACACUGUGAGAUUCACUGUAUGGCUUCAUGGUGUGCUAGAUAAGCUUCGGUCUGUAACUACAGAGCCCCCCAACCUAAAAUCUUCUGAAUCAAACAUCUUUGAGAGCAGCCUGCCUUCUGUCAAAAGCACAUCAAGUGGGAGUGAGGAGAGAAGUGGGGAGGAAAUCCUACAGCCCCUCACAGUCUCAAGUUCUCGGCCAGAGAAGACUGACUCUCGAGUUUCAACUAGCUCCCAGGAACAGAGAGCUUCUGCCUCCCGGCAGUCUCACCAAGAUGGCUCCCCAUCCCUCUUGAUGUCAACUGUGAAACCUCUGAGGGAGCUGUCACCUUUGGAAGCUGUGAUCGACAUUAAGCCUGAACCAGAUGAUCUCAUUGAUGAAGACCUCAGUUUUGUGCAGGAGAAUCGGUUGCCCCGGAAGAAGCCACUCGUAACGGUAACUUAUGGCUCCUCCCGCCCAUCUGCCGAAAUCUACCGCCCGCCAGCUAGUAGAGGCGCUGAAGGCAACAUGCACUUGCAGAGAUUGCCACAACAGAGUAACCUACAGACUGGCAAACAGCUUGAUGUACAGGGUGGCAGGUCACUGGAAACCAUCCAGCUCUGCGAUCCAGACGUGUUUGGCAACUUGGCUGAGAGUUACAGGCCCACUGCCAAAGGGAAUGCUGAUAAAAUUAGCAGUGAGGAAGAAAAUUUGAGGAAGAGGAAACUCCCCAUUGUAAGCUCCAUAGUCCGAGUGAAACAGUUCAGCAAUGAUGGGGAGGAGGAGGAGGAGGAGGAGGAGGAGGAAGAUGAUGGGCUCCGACUGGGAGGCAUUUCCAGCAGCGUCUCUGUGCCGGCAAAACCUGAAAGAAGGCCUUCGCUGCCGCCUUCCAAACAGGCCAAUAAGAAUUUAAUAUUGAAAGCUAUAUCUGAAGCUCAGGAAUCAGUUACAAAGACAACUAAUUAUGCUACAGUCCCAGCAAAGCAGACGGUUCCCGUGGCUCCCAGGACCCGAACCUCCCAAGAGGAAACCUUUCUGGAAGUGAUUCAUGGCCAGAGCCGUCCAUCCAGAGCAGACUCCCAGAUACAAGAAGAAGAGCCGAAGGAACAAGCAUUGGGGAGAGUUCCAGGAACCCAGCAAAGGCAGCUCUUUUCCCGUCUCCAGAUUGAACCAGCCAUCGAAGAAACAUUACAAAAGACCCAAGAUUACUAUGACGUGGAAUCAGUGGUCCACACGGACACGAGAUCAUUUAUCCUGAAGAAGCCCAAGCUGUCUGAGGAGAUAAUGGCACCCCAGAACCUGGAAGUCGGGAAGAGGGCCACAGAGGCCUUUCAGGCACUUUCAGGAUGCCUCAUACAGACAAGAGAGCUGCUUGUGCAGCCAGAGAAGCCUGCUAGUCCCAAAUUCAUAGUGACCUUGGACGGAGUCCCCAGCCCUCCAGGAUACUUGUCUGAUCAAGAGGAGGAAGAAAUGAGUCUUAUGGAAGGGGUACGGCCAGUUCCCCCCAAAGCAACAGCCAGCAAGGGAUUAAGAAGCCUUCGUUCACAACAGAUGCACAUUAUAUCCAGACAGCUGGAAAGCACUGAUGUAGAAAUGGAGGAGGUGGGCGUCCCACACAAAGCAGAGAAAGUACCUGAGCGUUGCAAGUACUGGCCAGCCUGCAAAAAUGGAGAUGAAUGUGCCUUCCAUCAUCCCACACUGCCAUGCAAAGUCUUUCCCAAUUGCAAAUUUGCUGACAAGUGCUUGUUCAUCCAUCCAAAUUGUAAAUAUGAUGCUAAGUGCACCAAGCCAGACUGCCCUUACACUCACGCCAGUCGGCGGGCCCCAUUGCCACCUCCUAAACCAGCUCCACCUCCAGUACCGCCACCAUCUUCUACCAGCCAACUUUGCCGAUUUUUCCCUGCCUGUAAGAAAAUGGAAUGCCCUUUCUACCAUCCCAAACAUUGUAGGUUUAACACCCAAUGUACCAGAGUAGACUGUACGUUCUAUCAUCCUGCUGUUUCUGUACCACCACGUCAUGCCUUAAAAUGGACUCGAACCCAAACUAGCGAAUGAAUCAUACAACCCAUUAAACGUUCACCAUUGUAUUAUGAUGGAAAGAUGCUCACUGAUGGAAGAAAGUGCUGCAAAUGUUAAUGCAGAUGCCAGACCUUGAAUCUAUAUUGUUUCAUAAAAUGAUGUUAAUUGCAUACUUGAAAUGUGAAAUUUUCAAAACUUGUAUAUUUAAUACCUGGUUUUACAUAUUUUUUACUGUAAAAAUGUCUGUAGGGAAGAGGAGUUUGCUUUAACAUUAAUAAAAAUGUCAAGGCAUGAAUUUUAUCCUGCUUAUGUUGGGAUGGUGUCUUUUUUCUUUUGCUCACAGUUUUACAGUUGUGGACCAUCCAUUCCAAGACUGGAAGAAUUUAUUACUUAUUACAAAGAAGUUAUUUCUUUGAGGAAAUUGCUCUUAAGUAAUAUAACAUGACUCGUGUGCUUUUGAGAAAACACCAUCUUUAGUAUGGGCCCCCUCAGCUUAUAGAGCAGUGGUUCUUAACCUAUUGUGGGUCAUGGACCCCUUUUGAGAAUCUGAUGAAAAUGUGGAGUCCAUAAAUAAAUAAAUGCAAUUUAUUUUAUUGCAUUGGAAAUUGA